AAAAUAAAUCAAGGAUAUUGCUAUCUUAAACGUUGUAAAUUAUGAUAUACACAUUAUGUAUAUAUAUAGAUACAUGUAGACAUAGAUAAGUAGAAGUCUCGCUCCCAGUUUACGGUCUGAUUCAAGAAUUCGACAAAAGUGAACUGCCGUCAGUUUGUUGUUUCACCUAGUAAGAGGAACGUCCGUAUUGUGUCAAACACUGCAAACUUCGCUUGUCAUUUGAUUACAAGCGCUCAAAACAGAACAGACCGAAGAUAUAAUUCACCAUGGCAACCAGAGACAAGGCUGCAGAACAACUGAAUGAGUUUAAAUCGUCACAGAAGACCCCGGAACAAUGCACCACGGGAACAGGUGCCCCCAUUGGUCUGAAGACGGCCACCAUGACAGUGGGUCCCCAGGGACCUGUCCUCAUCCAGGACUUUGUAUUUAAUGACGAGAUGGCGCACUUCGACAGAGAGAGAAUUCCCGAGAGGGUCGUACACGCCAAGGGCGCAGGUGCUUUCGGUUACUUUGAAUGUACCAAUGACAUUUCCAAGUACACAAAGGCUAAACCAUUUGAAUCAGUCGGCAAAAGGACACCGGUGGGAGUCCGCUUCUCUACCGUGGGUGGCGAGAGUGGAUCCGCCGACACAGCCCGAGAUCCGCGGGGGUUCGCGGUGAAAUUUUACACAGAGGACGGUAACUGGGACCUGGUGGGAAACAACACGCCCAUCUUCUUCAUCAGGGACCCCAUCCUUUUUCCCAGUUUUAUUCAUACACAAAAGAGAAACCCUCGCACUCACCUGAAGGACCCCGACAUGUUCUGGGACUUCAUCACCCUGAGACCAGAAACCACUCACCAGGUGUCCUUCCUGUUCUCUGACAGAGGCACGCCGGACGGUUACAGGAGGAUGAACGGAUACGGAAGUCACACGUUUAAACUGGUCAACAAGGACAAUCAACCAGUUUACUGCAAAUUCCACUUUAAGACGGACCAGGGCAUCAAGAAUUUGAUGGCUGACGAAGCCCAUCGUCUGUCUGCUGAAGACCCGGAUUACGCCAUCCGGGACCUUUACGAUCACAUCGAGGAAGGGAAAUUCCCCUCCUGGACCCUCAAGAUACAGGUCAUGACCUUUGAGCAAGCAGAAAAAUAUAAAUGGAAUCCGUUUGAUGUCACAAAGGUGUGGUCCCAGAAGGACUUUCCGCUGAUUGAGGUCGGGAAGAUGGUCCUCAACAAGAACCCCGGGAACUACUUCGCUGACGUGGAGCAGAUCGCCUUCUCCCCCGCUCACUUCAUCCCGGGGAUAGAUGCCAGCCCAGACAAAAUGUUACAG